CCUGAUAUCUCACCUCAAUCUCCCUCGCUGCGGAUUAAGCCCAUUGCGUCUUGUUCUGCCUCCAGUGGACGUGGAGAACAGCUGAUCCCUGUCCUCUUUACAACACCAAUUAACAUAUUAAUUGUUCUCAGGUCCCCCCUCAGUCUUCUUUCCCACAGACUAAACCUGCCCAUGUUUUUUAACCUCUCCUCCUAGGGCAGGUUUGCUAAACCUUGGAUCCUUUUUGUGGCUCUCCUCUGGGCUCUCUCCAAUUUGCCCACGUCUCUCCUAAAGCGCGGCGCCCAGAACUGGACACCGUAGCCUCACCGGUGCUGAGUCGCGCAGGACAGUGACCUCCCGUGUCUUGCGUACGACGCUCCUGUUAACACACCCAGAAUGAUGCUAGCUUUUUUUGCAACUGCUUCUCCUUGUUGACUCAUAUUCAGUUUGUGAUCCACUCCAACGCCCAGAUCCUUUCCGGCAGCACGACCCCCUAGCCGGUUAUUCCCCAUUUUCCAUCUGAUUUUUCCUUCCAACGUGACGUUCUUUGCACUUGUCUUUAUUGAAGUUCAUCCUGUAGAUUUCAGACCGAGUCUCCGAUUUGUCCUGGUCAUUUUCAAUUCUAAUCCUGCCCUGCAAAGUGUGCAGCACCCCUCCCAGCUUGGUGUCAUCUGCAGCUUGUAUAACCAGGAGUCUCCGCUCCAUUAUCCGAGUCACUGAGGAAAAUAUUGACCAGUGCCGGGCCCAGGACUGACCCCUGUGGCACCCACUACGCCCUCCCACUUUGACAGUGACCUGUUGAUUACUCCUUUUUGAGUUCGGUCUUUCCACCAGUUGUGCGCCCACCGGACAGCGAUUUGAUCGAGAAGACCCACGGUUCCCUCAUUUGCCUGUGAGACUGUCAUGCGGGACUGUGUCAAAAGCCUUAGUCAAAUCAAGCGAUUUCAUGUCUACAGCUUCCCACUCGGCCAACGACCCUGCCGAAGAAAGGAAUUAGGACGUCCGUCGGAGACCACAGCACCAUGCCUGAGGGAGCUCGUCGGGGCAGCAACAAGAAAGCAGGCAAUCAAGUGGUCGCCAGACCAUCCUCCGUGUCCUCGCUGAGCGGGAUCGCCGGCGGUAUGGCUGCCGCCACCAUCUCGGGCAGCUGCACCUCGGUCAACACGGUGUGCUCGGACGGCGAGCGGCCCGUCAGCCUCAGCUCCUCUGCCUCCUCCGCCUCCCUGCCCGACAGCCAGAGCGCCUUCGGCAGCAGCGGGGCCUUGGGUGGGGGCUGCCCCGCCGGCUACCCCCCCGACGCCCAGCAGAACGGCAGCGACAUCAGCCUCGACCUCACCCCCGUGGCGCUGCUGGAGGGGUCGGCCGAGCCGAGCGCCCCGGGGGGGGCCAAGCGUGGUGGUGCCUGGUCCCCCGGGCCUGCCAGAGCCAGGGAACGGCGGGUCAAGCUGUCCCAACUGGACCGGGUGGUGCUGGAGAUUGUGGAGACGGAGCAGGCUUACGUCCGGGACCUGAGGAGCAUCGUGGAGGAUUAUCUUGGCUGUAUCAUAGACAGUGGACACCUGCCCCUCAAACCUGAGCAAGUGAGCACUUUGUUCUGCAACAUCGAAGACAUCUAUGAGUUUAACAGCGAGCUCCUGGAAGAGCUGGAGAGCAACAGCAGCGCCCAUGCCAUCGCUGAGUGCUUCGUGCAACGGAGUGAGGAAUUUGACAUCUACACCCUCUACUGCAUGAACUACCCCAACUCAGUGUCAGUGCUGCGGGAGUGCAUGGAGAACCAGGUGCUGGCGGGGUUUUUCCGGGAGCGCCAGGCCACGCUGUGCCACUCCCUGCCCCUGGAGACCUACCUGCUGAAACCCGUCCAGAGGAUCCUCAAGUACCAUCUCCUGCUGCAGGAGCUGGCCCGGCACUGUGAGCGGAGCAGCGCGGGCUACGAGGCGGUGGAGGAAGCCACCAUCACCAUGACGGCCGUGGCCUGGUACAUCAAUGACAUGAAGCGCAAGCAGGAACACGCCGCCCGGCUGCAGGAGCUGCAGGGGCUGCUGGUGGACUGGAUGGGGCCGGAGCUGGAGGCCUUCGGGGAGCUGGUGCUGGAGGGGCAGUUCCGGGUACAGCGGGUGCGGCGGGAACGCGCCUUCUUCCUCUUCAGCAAGAUGCUGCUGGUCGCCAAGCGCCGCGGGCCGGCCUUCGUCUACAAGAGCCACAUCUUCUGCUGUAACCUGGCCCUGUCGGAGAGCCUCAAGGACCCCCUGAGCUUCAAGAUCUCGGACCUCACCAUCCCCAAGCAGCAGCACGUGGUGCAGGCCAGGAACCAGGAGGAGAAGCGGCUGUGGAUCCAUUACCUGAAGCGUCUGAUUGUCGAGAACCACCCAGCGUCGAUCCCUCAGAAGGCCAAGCAAGUGCUGCUGGAGAACAGCUUCCAAAGCUCCCCGGAGAUCCGCUGCAGCCCGGAGCCCCUGAAGACGCCGGCCCCCUCUCCAAGGAUGGAGGAUGCUUGGGGCUACGGCCGCGGCAGGCGGCAGUCAGAGCCGCCGGAGAGAGCCCGCAAAAGCUGCCCCGUCGCCCAGCUGGAUGGCGCCCCUCAAUACCGCCGUGGACGCAGGCAGUCCGAGCCGGCCACUGAGCUGAGCCAGAUGGGACAGGAGCAGAACGGUCGCUGUCGGGGGCUCCCAGCCACCCCCAAAUUGAAGCACGCGGGCAGUGAGGGGGAGCUGUUCCCCGCCCCACUACCCCUGGCGCCCUCGGGCAGCGUCUGCACCCUGGACUCCAGCGUGGCUGAGGAGUCAGACCCCGGCGAGGAUGCCGAGUCGCCCCCGUUCUGCCUGGCCGAGGAGCCGCUGUCCAUCACUGAGGAGAUCCUGGAGCUGCUCAGCCAGAGGGGGCUGAGCAGGGACCUGGGGACAGAGGAGACACCCUGGGGGCAGGGGGAGCAGCGCCCUGGGAGCCCCACUCCACAGCCGGAGCAGGAUCCGCCUCCGGGCCGCAUCGUGCUGGAAGAACGAGCAGAGGGAAGCGAAGUUCAGGAGGGAGAUGCCCCUGGGCGAGACGAGCCCCGCCGUAGUAGCUUCGGCGUGAUGCAACCCCUCCCGCCGUGCCAUCCCCCCCGCAGCGAAUCGGAGGAGGAGCAGCAAAAGCAGGAGCGGGGCCCUUCCCCUCUUUGUGUCCUAGAAGACCUGGAUGCAGAGGAGGCUGCCGGCAAGCCAGAGGUCCUGGCAGGGGAUAACGCUUUGCGUGAAGGGCUGGAAGCAUCCAGCGGGGAGCUGGGCGCCACCAAUGGGGCCUGCCCCCCGUACGGGGAUGGGGCAGCACGGGACUCGCCGCUGACCCGAGACGACCGGCUGCUUAUUGAGAAGAUCAAGUGCUACUACGAGGCGGGCGAGGCUGCCCCAGACCCCCCCGCUCAGGAGGGCGCCCUCUCCGCCCCUGCAGGUGUGGUGCGGGACUCUGUGUUCCACCUCAACCGCCUCCCCCAGCAGGAGGGCGCCACGGACCGUGAGGGAGGCAGGGCUUGUUGGGCCAAGGCCCGCCCUGCCCGCCAGGAAGAUGCUAGGAGGAGGUGGGGCCAGUUUCUUGACCAAAACACCAGCCCUCAUGGUGCCAACCAAGAGGAUUCUGGGAAGGGGGCGGGCCUGGCCUUUGAACAAGGCACUGAAUUUGGCACCAACCAAGAGGCCCAAGAGGAUGCUGGGAAGGGUCAGGGCCGGCCUAUCAACCCAGACAUCCAUGGCACCAACCAAGAGGAUACUGGGAGGGGGCAUGGUCAAUUCAUCAACCAAAACACCCAAUCUGGUGCCAACCAAGAGGAUUCUGGGAAGGGGCGGGGCCGGCCUAUCAACCCAGACAUCCAUGGCACCAACCAAGAGGAUGCUGGGAAGGGGCGUGGUCAAUUCAUCGACCAAAACACCCAAUCUGCUGCCAACCAAGAGGAUGCUGGGAAGGGGCGGGGCCAGCUCAUCGACCAAGGCACCGAAGCUGGUGCCAACCAAGAGGAUGCUGGGAAGGGGCGGGGCCAGCCUGCCAGCCAUGCUGCCCUGCCCGCUGCCAGCCAGGAGCCCGAGUACAGGUCGUGCGCGGAGAUCCGGCGGGCCUGGCGGGAGAAAGAGCGGGGGGCGGUGGACGCCCUGGGAGGGCGCACCCCCCUCACGAAGCGAGGCAGCAAAGGGCCGGUGGCUGCUCGCGAGCCCCCACCGUUCCUGGAGCCCCUGUGGAUCGUGGAGGAGUCUGAUCUGGCUGCCCCGCCCCGGCCGCCCCGCGGCGACGGGCUCCCUCGCGCCGACGGUGUCCCGCCCGCCGGCUACGCCCCCCUGCCCGGGCUGUCCGAGGACAGUGCCCCUUGCCUGCUGGAGAACUCGGAGCGGAUCCUCAGCAAGGUGCAAGCCCUGGCCCGGAUGUACAGCGAGAAGAUCGGCCGGGCCAAGGCGGCCCGGAGGCCGCAGGACGGGCCGCACCGCCCGGCACCCAGCAGGAUGGGCACCCUGCAAAGCCUGCGGGAGGAGAUGCCAGGGCCCUGCCUCCCUCUCUGCGAGCCCCGGAUCUACGGCCACGUGCUCAUCCGUGAGCCCCUCCUGCACCUGAACUGCAUCCAGGAGAACGUGCUGCUGGUGGCCGCCAUCCGAGGGAACGCCCUGGAUCUGCACAGCGACCGGCCUCCACCUCUCCUGGCUUCCCAGUGCCUGGGUUCGGCCCCGGCCGAGGAGCCAGGACCCGCCUGGCAGGAGCUUCCCGCCCCCGUGGCUGUUUCACCUCCCCCGCUGCUGGUGGAAUCGCCUCCGAAGCUCAGCAGGCACCCCCCGAGCCCAGGUGAUCCGGCUGGGGAAGGCCCCGGCACGGGCAGGUCUCUGCCGCCUGCUCCUGGCGCUACCGGUGGAACUGGCAUGAUGCCCGAAGCCGAGUGCCCGUCGGUGCCAGGCUGCCAAGCCAGGCUGGCGGGGGCAGAGCUGGCGGCCAGCGGGCGCCGGGGUGAGGCGAGCGCCAGGGAGGUUUCCGUGGAGACACCAGCCUCCUCUCCCUUCUCGGAAGCGGCCCUGAGCCAGCAGGCGCCGGAGGUGGCCGGUCCGGUCCCAGCCGCCUCCCCCAGCCCUGCGGAGGAGCGUGAGCCAGCGUGUGUCGGCACGUCUGCCGAGCCUGGCCUGCUGGGGCCGGGUCCCUCCAUCCCUGGCGCCGGCUCCCAGGAGCCGGCGGGGGAGCAGAACGGGCCUGCCGCCAUCCCGCUGCCCGAGGAGCGGGCCCUGGCUUUGGGCAGGGAUUCCCCGCCUGGCACUGAGGAGCCAUCGCCGGGGCCCGUCAGCUGCGGGACAGGAGAGGCGUCCCUGCCUGCCGCGCCGGACCCUGUCCUGCCAGCGGCACCCUCCGGUGCUGCGGGGUCCCCGCCUCCGCUCCACAGCAACGUCCUGCCUCUGGUAGCUCAGCUGUCCCGGGGCACCCGGCUGCCUUCCCGGGCCACGGGGGUGGCACGCCCGUCCCCAGCUGCCCAGCCCGGCCGUGCCGCAGCCCGGCCGGCUCCCACUUCGCCCAGCUCCAGCCUGGAUCGCAGCCCCCUCCCGGCUCUGCCGCGCCUCCAGACCUCCUCCCCGGCACACCGGCGCCUGUCCUCCAGCGCCGCGGCCAUCUCCAGGUACAUUGCCGCCUCCUGCAUCAGCCAGAGCCUGGCCAAGAGAAAUGCUGCCCCCUCGGGGCCACCUGGCAUCCAGCCUCCUCCAGCAGAGACUCCGGCACCCACCAGGCCUCUGCCUGCUUGCUCAGCCAUCCCGAGACCGGCUCCCGGCCCCUUGGGGCCACCUGGCAUCCAGCCUCCGUUGGCAGAGACCCCGGCACCCACUAGGCCUCUGCCUCCCUGCUCAGCCAUCCCGAGACCGCCCCCCAGCCCCUUGGGGCCACCUGGCACCCAGCCUCCGUCAGCAGAGACCUCGGCACCCACCAAGCCUCUGCCUCCUUGCUCAGCCAUCCCGAGACCGCCCUCCUGCCCCUUGGGGCCACCUGGCACCCAGCCUCUGUCAGCAGAGACCUCGGCACCCACCAAGCCUCUGCCUCCUUGCUCAGCCGUCCCGAGACCACCCCCCGGCCCCUUGGGGUCCAGAGCCCUAGCACCCCCAUCUGCUCCAUUACCCAGUGAGAAGGCCAAUGCCUGGUCCCAUUGUACCAGCAAGCGGGACCCUUCCCAGCUCAGCGUCUGCCCUCCCCCCUGUGCCAGCCCUGGGUCGCCCUCUCCCGCGGGCUGUUGCCGCAAUUCCAGCUGGCUGGGGGAGCCCAUCCCCUUGGCGCCUGGCUCAGCCGUGCUGCUGGCCUUCGACCGUCUCUCGGGGAUGUGCCUGGGCCCCCGAGCUAAGCAGCCCACCCCCUUCUCCUCUGCUUCAGAGCCCAGCUCCAGGGUCCAGUCUCCAGCGCCGGCCUGCCAGCGGGUGUGCUCCCCCCCUCCCUCCAGCCAACGCCCUGCAGUGGGAAGAGCUGGCUGUGCCCCCCCACGGCCUUGCUCCUUCGCCCCCUUGCAUGUCCCCACCCAGCCUUCCACCCCCCGCCUCUCCUCCCCCCUGCAGCCCACCUCCUACCCCUCCGCCACGUUACCUCAGCCAGGCAGGAGGCCGAGGGGAAACCCCGAGAGCCCCCCAUCCCCUAGGGAUGCAGACCGGGUGGGGUGCUGCUCCGGGGCACCCUCUAGCGGCUCAGCCAGUCCCAGCCCCGAUGAACUGGAUGGCAUCAAGUGGCCGGACAUUCCCGGCUUGCGUUCCAGGUACGCUGAGCGGGCGGGCAGCAUGGGGCCGCCGGGUUCGCCAGAGGAGUACCCCAAAGCGAGGGGGGACUUGGCUCGGGACACGGGACCCCAUCGGGCCAGCUACUCCACCACCGUCAACAUCCAGAUCGGGGGCAGCGGCCGGAUCGCCUCCUUCAGCAACGCGCAGGUCAGCCUCACCCACCCGCUGCUGGCGGCACCUGGGCAGCCCAGCACAAGGCGGAUCAACGGCAGCACCUUAGAGACCCCGCAGAAAACGUGACGGGCCAGGUCGGGCAGGGGGGGUUUACAGCCACGGCUGCAGGACCACUCCUGGCUCUGCAUGUCCCCGGGACCAAUGGGACCAAUUUCUAGGGCUGGAUGGUAGGGGGGGAUGAAUUGUUAUUGACCCACUGGGGUUGGCAGGGGUGGGGCCAGAUCCCCAGCUAGGGUAAUUUGGCCCUACUCUAUUGACACCAGCUGGGGGUCUGGGCCCAUUGACCUCAAUGGAAUGAGGCCCAUUGAUACCAGCUGGGGGUCUGGGUCCAUUAAUGGAGCGACGCCCAUUGACCCCACUGCAGUGAGGCCCGUUGAUACCAGCUGGGGAUCUGGGCCCAUUGACCCCAAUGGAAUGAAGCCCCUUGAUGCCAGCUGUGGAUCUGGUUUCCUUGGGUGACUUUAGAGGCACAGUGGGGUGGAUAAGGCCAGCUGAACUCAAGAGUCUGUCUGUGCAAUUAAGCAACUGUCUCUAGCCCUCCCAGGCCAGGAGGGAGCUGCGGGACCUGUUCUGUAAAAGCCGUGUGGCCCCAGCGGAUUGUGCUCGUCCCAGCCAGGUGGCCACGGCACCCACAGGCCAACAGGCUAAGUGUUCUCCGCCUUGCAAGCCCCCACCUGAGGCAAACGGCAUUCGGUUCUGGCUCUGGGUUGUUUUAACUGCCUAGCUCGUUCCUCGGCGGAUUGGGCCUGGACGGGGACCAAAGUGAGCGGUGUGGGUGUUUGUAAAGAGGAGUGGGCACUAGGGGGACACAAACGCACACAAAAGCCUAGCCAGCAGGGGGCAGGAUACACACCUGCACGCACCCUUCAGCGUGCAUGGUGCAGUACGGACAUAUGCACACCUCUUUAGCCAGCAGGGGGAUCUGCACGCACACCCGCCUAGCCAGAAGGGAGCAGUGUGGACCCACGCAGAGCCAGCAGGGGGCAGUAGGCAUACACCCAACUAUUUUCCUGCUCCUUUUAAAGGUGAAAACCAAAGUGUCUUCCGGGCCAAAUCCUUGCUUCAGCCACACUCUGCUUGAAGCAGCCCAGCAGAGCGAGGGCAGCAGGCCUGGGGAAAGCCAUUGUCCUGGUGCAGAGCCUGGUGCAUUAAGCUGCGUGGAGCCUGGCUCGGCUUGCUAGACCCGGGGGUCAGUUUGUCUUUGGACUCUGGUGCAUUGAGAUGCUGAGCUGUGGCAGCCAGACAAUCCCUGUUGUGCCUUCACUCUGGUGUUUGGGCCUCCCCGGGCAGAAAUCCAGCUCCACAGAAGUCCCCCUUAAACCUGCGUGAGCUGUUGCCCAGGGGUCGUAUUCCUAGUUCUGCUACAAACUCCUAGUGUGUGACUGUGGUCUAGUCACUUCAUCUGCCCUGUGCCUCAUUUCCCCCCAGGGGGAUUGUGGACUCUUUGGGGCAGGGUGUGUUGCUUGCUCUGGGCACGGCAUACAUCUCAAUUUUUCCGGGUGCUACUGUAAUUAAUCUAAUAGACACUGAAACUACAGCUCUGGUGAGCUGAAGCUGGUGCAUGCCCUAAAAUAUGUAGGAAGUGGGAAGUUGCUUUCUCUCCAAGGGAACCACAGGUGUGUCCUCAACACAUGCUUAAGAGUUGGCCCCAGGAUCACACAGAGCGUGCUGGAAAUGUCAAGGCAGCCAAGUCCGUCUGUUUACGAGGCCUAAACGCACCUUAAACUCAAAUUUGCCCGUAAAAAUUGCAUUGGGACAGUUGGGUAGAACCGGUUUUUAAAAAUAUUUGUAUCAGAUCAACAUUGAAAUCAUCAGCUCAAUGUCUGUUUAAACCAGCUGGGAAUCUGGCCCCAUUGACUCGCCCCGUUUAAACUUGGUGGCUCUCCAGCUCUACAGAGUGGCCACUGGUCCAAAUUACUCCAGAAUGAUUUUUUCCCCCUCCCUAGGCACAUAAAACCCUGUAACUCAAAACCACUCCUCAGUUUCUUCCCAGCUUUCCCUGGAGCUGAGUUGCCCUGAGAUUCUAGUGGAUCUCGCUGAUGAAUUCAAGAUGCAAAAUACCAGUUUGCUUAAAUAUUGCACAGGUACAGUAAAAUCCCUCCAGAUGGAGCAAUCCUGGGUUGUGAUUUGGAUGAAACUUCUUGGAAUGUUUGAAUCCCUGCUUGUUUUCCUUGAAAUUAACAAGGGGAAAUUGUGUGUGUGUGUGUGUGUGUGUGUUUCCUUUCCCUAAAAGAGGAAAUCAGGAACAGGGUGGCAAUAAAAUGAGAAUAAUGAAAUAAAGAUCGGCUCCUUGGAAAAGCAGUGCAGCUAUGUCUGUGGUUUUGCAAUGAGUUUUUCUGCUUCAUUUCUAAAGCUGGGAUUGCACAAGGCGAUUUUUAAAUUGGAGCAGCAGGUAGUUAAAAAGAGACUCUGGUAUUUAAUAUCGAGCCUUCCAGAUGGAACCAUUUAGCUACAUGUUUCUGCAAAUUAUUUCACAGCCCACCAAUUGGGUGGCGGGGGGGGAUCUCUCUAGGGUUAUUAGCUCCUUUACUGCUUGUAAUGUAUGAGCCUGCAUGUUUUCGUCCAUUUGAGAUUCAACUUUUUUCUCCUCUGACUGCUGGGGCAAUGCUCGCCUUGGGCAAUCUGGCCAAGAUGUCAAGACCAGGUUUAAAAUGUCAUUCAUUUCCUUCUCUUGUGGCCUUUUUUUUUUUUUUUAAAAGGCCAGAAGGCACCAUCCUGCCUUUCUGUAUAAUCCAGGCAGCCAGCCCCUCCUGGCCAUUCCUGUCCGGCCCAUGCCUUCAGGCUAAACUAGAGCCAAUCUUUAGCCAGUCUUGAUCUAAAGAGUCUGAGAGAUGGAGAAUCUGCCCUGUCCCUUGGGGAACUUCUCCAAUGGUUAGCUCCUUGCCCCAUUACCCACUUGCUGCCCCCUCCCUGUUUCCAGUCUCCCUACCUCUAGAUCUUGUUCUCCCUUUGCUCAAUUAUCAAGCCCUCCACUAUCAACAAACUCCUUCCCGUGUAGGUCCGACUGCCCCUUUUUGACUCAAGCGGCUCGUCAAAGGUGGGGGCCAUGCAAUUGUUCCAGCUGGGAAGAGAAGUUGACGAUAGAAUCUGGCACCUUUGAUGCAAUCUUGUUUAUUUGCAAGGGACCAAACAAAGUCCUGUUUCUCUGAACACAGGUGGACCCAAAACAUGAGAGCUCGCUUCCUUACCCACAGCAGCACACAUCCUGUGGGUGUGUCUGUCUUUCUUUCUGUGCUUCUGUGUGUCUCCCUCUCCAUGUGCUGUGCCUCCAAGACACUUACCCCAAAAUCUAUACUCUGCCAAACUCCCCUUCACCAAAGUCUUUUGAAUUCCUGAGUGGCUGUGGUUUGCCGUGGUCUUGGAGAAUGCUGUUGUAUCUUACACUGAAGCUGAAUGAAGGACAGCUGUUAGCUCAUCCGUUUCAGGGGUUUUAACCCAACCUAGGGCAGUACUUCUAGCCCGACAUCACGUCCUCUCCUCGGUUAAUGAAAUCGACUGAGCUUCCCCAGCCCUCAGCUGGUCUCGUAGCUCCUCUUUGUUCAGGGACCUGACUCUGAUCUCACUUCCACCUGGUUUACGUCAGAGGGGGCACCAGACUGGAGCUGAGCCGAGGCCCAUCUCGCCCGGUAUCCCAGCUCUGAGGGUGGCCAGCGCCAGGUGCUGCAGAGCAAGGUGUAAGAACCCUGCAGGGGCAGAUGGGGGAUAAGCUCCCCCCUCCCCGCCACAUUAGGAAUCUGUCUCAUCUCUAAUAGUCCGAGAUCAUCUUAUGCCCUGAAGUAGGGGGUUCUGUCUCCCUCAGCAUGGUUGUAAAUCGAGCCACUCCCCCAGGGUAUUAUUAUUGACUGCGUUAGCGUAGCACCUAGGACCAGGACACCCCCUCCCCCCAUGCCAAAAAUUGAAUGUUUUCAUUGCUAUUAGGUGUAUUACGGUAGCACUCGGGCGCCCCAGUCAUGGGCCAGAUCCCAUUGUGCCAGAAGCUGUAUGUUUUUAUUAGCAUUAGUUAUGUUACAGUAGCACCCAGGAGCCCAGUCAUAAUCCAAGACCCGCCCCCACUGUGCCAGGUGCUGUACAUUUGUUUUGCUAUUAGGUGUAUUACGGUAACACUCAGGUGCCCUGUCAUGGCCCAGGACCGCAUUGUGCCCGGUGCUGUAUAUUUUUAUUGCUCUUAGGUGUAUUACGGUAGCACCUAGGUGCCCUGUCAUGGCCCAGGACACUGUUGUCAGGUGCUGUACAGAUACAGAACUGUCCUACCUCCAGUGACUUCCUGUGGGGUGUUGUCCCAAUGCAGAGGGGUGAAUCUCAGCCCUGGGGAGGAAUUGUGGUGGAGGUGGCCCUUCCUUCCCCCACCCACUGGGGAACCCCCUUCCCACCCCAUCUGCUUUGCCCUGCUUUGUCGCUGGGCCGCAUGGUACGUAUUUUUCCAGCCUCAUCCCCCCGGCACGGCUUCUAUCCCUGCCGUCCCUCGGCCAGUUCUUUCCUGGUGUCGUCUUUGCCUGUCCUCAGAGCCACCCAGCGAAUCGACCGAUUUAUUUGAUGUGGCCCCCAAAUAACACCCCACCCCUGCAAAUGGAAAAGCCGCAAGAUAGGAAAAGAUAGUGCAAAACCAACACUAGGCCUAGUGCGGCACUCAGACCAGUGGGUCGGCGGCCAGCUUGCUGGGCUUCUCUUCCCGGGUCUGGGCAGGAACGCGCCCUGCUGGUUAGGGAGGGAGCCAGGACUCCUGGGUUCCACUCUCAGGUCUGGCUUGACGUGUGGUCUAGCGGUGAGAGCCACGACUCCUGGGUUCCAGUCCCAGAUCUGGGUCGGUGUGUGAUCUAACAGAGAGAGCAAGGGGACCAGGACUCCUGGGUUCCUGUCCUAGUUCUAGGAGAGAGUGAAGAUCAACAGUUAGCGGAGGGAAGCCAGGACUCCUGGGUUCCAUUCUCAGCUGCGUCGCACCCUCCUGGGCAGACGUGACCCCCUGAGCCAUGGCGAGGAGGGAGAGGGUGACACAGGAGGUCGGUGGACAUUUGAGUGUGACCAGGGGUGUGCGGGAGGGGGACGGGGGUGAGUGGUAAGUGCUGAAGGCUGUGAAAUUGAGAAGGGAUGAGGGAUCAAGCUAUCCAGGUAUUCGUAUGCUCCUACGCUGCCCAUCACCAUGGCCUCUGAGCCCCUCCCAAGCGCUAAUGGAUUGCUCCUGCCAACGUCGCCUCAGAUUUCCCCAAUGCGCUCCAAUCCAACGGAGUGUGGCUAGCGGUGAGAGCAAAGCAGCAGGAGCCAGAAUGCCUGGGUUCUUUUCCCAGCUCAAGGUAGCUAGAUCUAGUGGUUAGAGCAAGCCAGGACUCCUGGGUUCUUCGUAAAGUCUAGGUGAGCAGUGGCAUCUAGUGGUUAGAGGAGGGGUGGGGGGGGGACUGAGAGCAGGUUUCAUGGGUUCUACCCCCAACUUUGGGAAAGGAGUGUGUUGCUUCCCGUCAGUGGUUAGAGCAGGAGGGACCAGGCGCCAGGAUCAGGCCUCCAGUAACCUUGUCUCCGUCCAAAUCGUUGGACAGCCACUUGUGACGAAAAUGAAUGUUUACACUUUCCUCUGGGCCAGCGGCCGCCUCGGCUCACACCCCUGCUCGCCAGAGCUUUUGUGGUUUUCAAACAGCUUUGUCCGUUAUUUAUGCUGUCACAAUCACCUUUAAAUUAACGCCCCAGGGUUUUUAGUUCCUCUGGCUUCUUGUGAAGUUUGCCUUCUUGUAAAUCCAUUGGCGGUGGUUAGGAUCUGAUGUUAUGUUACCGGUCUGGUGGAUUGGUUUAUGGCCCCUGUAUCAUACGUACAACUUGGUUGGACGUGUUUGUUCUUUUUACUUCUGGUUUGUUUUGUUUUUGUUUUUGUAUUAACGUUAAUUUUGGAAGAGAAAAAAAAUUGCCAGCCAUAAAUAAACAGUGAUGUUUUCAGUGA